AUGGAAUCCGAGAUUCUCGUCCACGUUUCUGCGCCCAGUGGACCUCGCGAUGACGCCCGAUAUCGUGCCCAGGUGGCCGCCAUCCUGGAGUUCCAGAGUGUCUCGCGGGUUCUGGUCAGCAACACUUCAUCCCAGGACAGUGAUCCUCUAGACCAUGCAAGCUCUCAAGAGUUGCCAAAUUCACACAAUAUCUCGCCUGAGGUUAUUCCAGUGUCUUCUUCUGAGUCUAGAGGGAGUAAUCACGAGGAACUCAACCCUGCCCGUGCUGGAGAGGCGCUCCAGGAUGCACUUUCCACCCUUUCCUCGGAUCACGAUGGGCCUGAACAAGACAAGGAUGAUCUAACGAAUAUGACUUCCGGGGUAUCCACGGCAAGAGACCAGCCCGAGUCCCUGGAAAGCCCCAUCACCGUGAUCCCAGACUCCCAGCCCGAGCAUGAUCCCAGUGAUCCAGCAUCGCCUUCACAAGAUGCAGCACAGAAAAUAGCAGAGAUCUCAACCACGCCCGAGAAAGGCGCCCCAGUCUCCAAAAGGCGCAGAAUAGACCCAGGCUCUCUAGCAACGCAAGCCAUUGUUCACCCAACGCCAGUCCCGCAAUGUGUUCCCACAGAGACAGCACAGAUACAUACACAAUGUCCGCAGCCUUCUUCCACUCUUCAAUCUCCUCCCCAACCCAUCUCAGAAUCAAAGGAUCACCACCUCCUACUUCCCCUUCUUCUUCCACUAGAGAUCAGGGCACCACUGCCUCCUGUCUCCAACGCCUCCUUUGUCUCCCACAUCACCCCGACCCUCGCCAUGCUCACCGACCGACUUAAGCCUGCACGCACCUAUAAACCCACGCGCCAAUCCCGGGAUUUAGAUCCGCUGGAACGAGGGUACUGGGCUGUGCGAAUCAACGUGUUGGAUGCGUCCCAGGAGCAACAAGAUCAAUAUCAACAUCAACAUGAACCAAAAGAGCAGCAGCAGAAGAAGAAGCACUCACAUACCCCCGAUAAUCAAACAAAGACAAAUUGCUACAACUGGCCCGCCCCGGUUUUCCAUCGUUUCUGGACCUUCCUCUCAGAUUUCAUUGCGCGAGAUGGACGCGCCGGCUGGGGCGUGUGGUGUAUUCUGGAACGCGCGGAUGCGAUUCCCCCAGGCCCUGACUUCGACCCAAGCCAAGACUCCAACCCCAACUCUGGCCCCCAUAUAUGCCCUCCCUCUAUAACUCCGGCUCUACUCAAGGUCUACGCAUGGGGCGAGGUCGCCAUGCAUAUCUACCUCCUCUUGUUUUUGGCGAGUGAGCGCCGGAUUCGGGGGAUGGGGGUGCAGUGGAGGGAUGCGCGCGAGGACGUGGUUAUUAAAAUGCCGUGA